AUGCUGAACGUCGCGCUUAUUUCACUCGCUACACUGGCAAGCACCCAGGCGCACAUCUUCCCAACUGGAACGAUGGGGCCCACAAACCCGAUGCCGACGAUGGAAACGGCCAUCAAUCAAGACUCGAACGCGCGACUCAUGUCGCUAAACAGCGCGGAUGACUUCUGCUUGUACGCGCCACCGAGCUACGGUGAGCCGAUAGGCAACGUUGAAGCAGAGGUAGUAGCGUGGUGCACGAAACCACGCAACAACGCGCGUUUGAUUCCCGACGGGACUAUAACAAGUGUACACUACCAGAAGACACCAGCCUUCGUGCAGAUCACAGCGCAGGGUGACUUCACCAAGGUGAAUGUCCUCGAUGGUGACGCGGGUGGUGAGCUCGACCCUCACGGCGCAACGGGCGAGGGAAACCCCGUUGGGGGCAAUGUCACAGCCGUGCUCGAUGGUCAGGAGCAGUCGUAUGAGGAGUGGAUGAGUUUCAUCUCGAGCGAUAUAUUCUGCGCACGCGUCUGCACCAAUGAGCCAGUAGACGGAUGGAACACGGCCACAUGGUGCGAGCACAAGCUGGACGAGAUGGGUUGUGGAUUCGUGAUGCCAAUGGAGGGAGCCUACAACGAGGGCGAGUUUGAAAACUGCGACGCUGAUGCUGGAUUCCCUCCAGGCGUUUAUCCACAGGAUGACGGCAGCUACUCUACUUUCAGACAGCACUACGAGGGUAGCUACACAGGUGGAGACGGCUCGGUGACUUCAUACACUGUUGGCACUACAGUCACUCCAUCAGGCCCAGCUACCACACCAGCUGUGUCCAACUGCUCACCCGCUCCAUCCCCUUCGAAUGGCAUCGAUAUCUCAACCCCAAGCGUUAACUACAUGGCCGCUCCAACUCCAGUAGCAUUGAACGACGUUCGCUACGACUUAUACCUCCACGCAGCUGGUGGUGCGCAAUGCCUUGGUUUGGGCAGUGAGCCCGCCAACAAUGCUCCUCUCGCUGCCGUCGACUGCGAAGAUGCUCCAAAGUGGUCUAUCAGACGCGGUGGUCCAUCUCUCAUCAGAUUCGGUCCAGACAACAAUUACUGCAUCGACGCAGGCAACAACGAGGGCAAGAUCUACACGUGCUACGACAACCAACCUAACCAACAACUCUACUUCACGGAUGACGAUAGAAUCGCUCACGAUGGUGGUCUUUGUCUCAACGACAACUACGGUUAUAUCAGCUUCGAGCGUUGCACUGAUAACAACCAAGGACAGGUCUUUAGCGCGUAA